AUGGCUGAAGCUGGUGGUAACGAGCCAGUUAGUGGGCAAGCAUCUUCGUCGCUUUUCAAAGCGGCGCGAACUUUGGCCAAGCAGAACAGCGGCGAGUACCUCCGCAGCCUUGGAGGCACUGUACACCUGGACAAGUUCAGCGGCAGAGUGCCGCUGCGAUCGGCCGGCAAGGCCGAGUUUCUUCGCUCGCCGAUGGUGUCGCACGUGCUGCGAGUACUCGCUUAUUACUCGCUCGGCUCGGGAGCCGGACGAGACAUGGGCGAGACUGGCCGGGACGUGUACCUGCGCAUGGUGGGCGAUUUGCUGCGGAGACGUUUGGCGGACAAAACGUUCGACCACCUGAACGGGCUGACGUUCGGCGACCACCCGGCGGUUCUUUACAAGCACGGUUAUGGCCACGGCGAGUUCGACGAAAUCGGCCACGCCGAAUGGCCGGGCUUCUACAAGCGCAACUUCGACGAAAUCGACAGAACUGACUUUGGGGAAUUCCGCAAGCGCAACUUUGACGAGAUCGACAGGACCGGUUUCGAGGGAUUUCGCAAGCGUAACUUUGACGAAAUUGACAGGACCGGUUUCGAGGGAUUCCGCAAGCGUAACUUUGACGAAAUUGACAGGACAGGUUUUGGGGGCUUCAACAAGCGUGCAGCUGUCGUGGAAGACUGAGUACCAGUCAAGCUUUAACCCUUGCCCAAACUUCACCCACCUCGACGGCAACCUUCCAAAUAUUCAAAUUCGCCGCGACAGAUCCACCACAAUUUUAUGCUUCUGUAACUAUUUAGAACGCUUAGAAGGACUUCUCCAGUGAAGUUAUUGUUUGAGAAGGACAAAACAUAGCUUGAUUAGUUGAAACAACUGCUUUGAUCAGGAAUCUAAAAUUCCGAUUACGCGGUCAGUAAGUACGCCACAAGACAUGAGGGCCGCUGGGAGUUCCAUCGCAAUGGACGCUGGACGUUAUUUCUCUGUUUCUUUUUUGUCUUCCAAUUGAACCAAGGGGAAGGAACUGAUGGUAACUUUUAUUAUCUAUAUGUGUAGAACUGCUCUACUAUAUUCGAUAUCCAUGUUAAUAAAAUGUAUAUUUCGGAAUGUAAUGCGCUUCUCAGUAGCAUUACGACUACCGAAACUUCACCACUUCAAACCAACUGAGGACGGGCUCGCCGCAGAGGUGCACGAAUACAAAUGAGCGCGAUUACCUCUGUGUUGAUACCUUCGAAUUUGUUGAUGGCUAGAGGUUGUUAUCAAGUUAUCGGUAAUUUACUUAGGUUGCGAAAAAGAA